AUGGCCAUCGCAUCGCCCUCCGACUUUCCCCCUACUUCUUCCUCUCACUCGUAUCGCCCCCUUCCCAGCAGCGCUGGCGCUUCAAGGUCUCCCAAACGGGUGAAGUCUACUCCCUCACCCGCUUCCGGACCAUAUCGCUCCAUUCACAACCUGCCAAGAUCGCGAAGUCGACAUAGCAGACAGAGACGGCCUGAUGAUGUGGUGGCAGAGACAUCAACAAGACAUGUAGUGACGAGUCCGUGUAGAGGUCCCGACUCGUCCAACUCACCAUGGCCAGCUGGCACAGCCGUACAGCGUCGGAGAGAGAUGUCAGUACCUCUUCUCUCUCAUACACUUUCAUCCUUCUCUCUAUCUCAAACCUCCACACCUAUCAUGUCCACCACCCAGGCAACUCAAGUCACCCCUCAAUCCACCCGGUACUCUCCAAGAUCAGCUAGAUCAGCCAGACCCGACGUGUCCGCCUUCACUCCUCGUCGACCUACCAAGUUUACACCCCGAGCCGUCUCGCCGUCUUCGAACACCACCUCAUACGUUCAUCCUGCUACUGCACCUCUUCCACACAUCUCAGCUUUCCUCGGAAGUCCCUUUUCGAGCAAGGAUCCCAGGGGAGGUCUCAUCUAUGAGAGCGUCUCUCCCUCCUACGGGCGAGUAGCCAAUACCGAUAGACUUCCGCACCACCACCUUCCUCAACAUAACUUCGACUGGCUGGACGAUUCCGAGUAUAUAGACGAGAAUGAACCUCAACCCAUCGCGGAAUUAAGCCAAAGACGACGUAAUGGAUCUGGUUCCAUCUCAUCAAUGGACGACAGUAACAGUGGUGCUAGCUCGGCAUCCCUCAGGUCCUUGGGUCGGAGCUCGAUGGAAGGAGCAGUGCGACCUAGUAUCGUCACCAUCUGCGAAGGUUUCAACGAAGAUGAAUAUCACGACGAUGAUGAGGACCCAUCAACACCCUGUCGUACCCUCUUCUCCGGUACUGCUGUGGAGGAUGCACUACCGUCGUCAUCAAGAACAGCAUGCCGUAGUCCUAGACUGUCACCGUUGAUGUUCAAACGUGCUACUUCAAAGACCCCCGUACCCCAGCAAAUGUCUCCAUUACAAAACUUCUUCUCAUCGCGGACACCCUCCAAAAACAAUAUACGAGAUGAAUCGCCAUCCACCGGUCGCAAGUCGCCCCUGUCCAGCUUCAUUCCCCGUCUACUGUCCUCAAAGAAAAACAAACAAACAACUCCGACGCCCAUCACUUCUCAUCAAACUACCCCAGCGACGUUACACCCAACUACCACCCCUAUUAGAGCGACCACGACAAGCAAGAUCCGGUUCGCGCAUGAGGGCACUGAUGGAGGCAUGGUCGGUUUGGGUAUCAAUCCCUCCGGUCGUCAACAACAUGGACCAUCGCCGGUAUUCAAACGGCCCGCCGUCAAGCUCACCCCUCGCGCACAAAUGAGCGACUCCGGCAGUGAGACUGAAAUCUCUCCAUCUCGCCCACUCUCUGCUCGAACGUCCCUUGCAAGGUCGACGGAACGAUCCUCCGGUCCUUCUGAUCAAAGUAUCCAAGGUCAUCCCAUGAACAGACGCAAGACCAUGGUGGGUAGACUACAAGGAAAGACGUCUCCAUUGAAACCGGUCAAUGACUUUCGUACUGUAGGAUCAUCAGGACGACCUUUCUUUCGCCGUGGUCUUACCGACCCUCAUCCUCCAGCUACACAUGGGACCCCAAACGUUACCCACCUUUUCGCGGACCAUCACUUCCAAACGCCCCCAGCUAUGUUCAACGACAUCAAGCCGUCUCCUGCUGCGUUUGCUUCGACCGGUUUGGUAAAGAAGAAGUCAGGAGUGAACCCAUUGGUGAUACCAAAAUUUGACACCGACAUGCGUUCUAUCACUCAGUCACGUUCAGCUGCCCAAAUAUCGCCAACAGUGCCCACAAGGACCAACUCUCCAGGCAGUCCGCUAUCACCUCUCAAAUCAACUCGUCCCGGCUUUGCGAUCCCCUCUCUUCCCUCUUCAGGGCGAUCAGUAUUGACUUCUACAUCAAGCCAAGGAGAUUUGCUAGUUCAUGCGGGUCAAAAGAGUCGAGGGCUGCGCCGCAAAGGUAGCCAGAUGUUUACGAGCGGAUCGGUCAGCAGUAUCGGGGAUUCUACUCGUCUCUCUCCCGUGGCAUCACCUGCCACUCCUAUCAAAGGUCUGGCCACCAAGCCGAGUCUGUCAAAAGGAUUCUCGACAGUGACCACACCUUCCCCGUCCACAUCUCCCUUCAACUAUCCCUUCGCCUCCGUCCCAAACACCGUCUGCACUCCUCCGCCCAGCUCGCAGGGUUGGCCAGAAUCGGUAGAGAAAACCCGACCCCUUAGGAUACGGCAGCUCAGUUCUGCUGCUGAAUAUGCAGAGGGGACGAGUCAUGGACGUGGACCAGUGGCGAGAGCCUCUAACCCUAUGUUAGCAGCGACGUUCAAAGCCGACGGAUUGAGUAUGGGAUCCGAUUCGAACACUCGGCCGACGUUCAUGUUGAACGGAAAAGAGGUGCCCAUUCCAUGGACCGAUCGUUUGAACCAGGAAUACACGGUGAUGCAGUGUCUCGGAAGUGGGGCGUUCAGUAAAGUGUGGAAAGUCAAAGAUAAGAAGGAAGGCAAGUUGUGGGCUGUCAAAGCUGGGAAGGUAUACACUGGUGCAAAAAAUCGAUUACGACAGCUAGAAGAAGUUUCCAUUCUCCGACAAUUAUCUCUCAACCCUCAUCCUUCUGUCAUUCAAUUUGUCGAUUCAUGGGAACAACAUUCCAGAUUGUAUCUUCGUACCGAGCUAUUACCAUGUGGUGAUCUUGCUCGUUUCCUCGCUGCUUUAGGUGAUGUUGGUGGUCUUGGUGAAGUCCGAGUGUGGAAAAGUUUAGUGGAACUUUCCAACGGGUUAAAACAUAUUCAUUCUCAUAACAUUCUUCAUUUAGAUUUAAAACCUUCCAAUAUUCUCAUUGCUUCGGAUGGUAGUCUUCGAAUUGCAGAUUUUGGCAUGUCCGUCUUGUCACGUUCAGAUGGUAUGGCGGAAGGUAUGAGUCCCGCUUUACCUCAAACAGGUUUAGACGGUGGUUUCACAUGGACAGACGAGAUGGAUGGUGGGGAAGGUGGAUUCAAAAUGGUUCCUAGUCCUUUAUUGGAUAGAGAGGUGGAAGGUGAUAGAGAAUAUUUAUGUCCUGAAGCUUUGAAAGAUGGAAAGUUGGGAAGAGCUGCAGAUAUUUAUUCUUUGGGUAUAUUGUUAUUGGAAGCUGCUGUGAAUGUUGUUCUUCCUUCGAAUGGAGAAAGUUGGGUCAAACUUCGUUCAGACGAUUUCACAGAUUUGUCAGAACAUUAUCAUCUUCGUACCCCCUCUUCAUGCCUUACAACUGAAAACCAUCUGGUAACCCCUAUCAAAAAUUCGAAAAAUCUCACCACUCCAUCCAAAGCAAUCAUCAAGACGAUAGAAGAUUCUACCAUACCCAUCAUUUCAUCUCAGCUAUUGGAUUUGAUCAAGGGUCUGAUGAAGUCCGAUCCUAUUCGACGUAUCACAUUGGAGGAUAUGAGUGCUUUAUCUGUAUUUAAGAAAACAACGGAACUCAUGUCCCCUUUGAACAGACCGGACCAACUUACCAAACCCCUAGCUAAGCAGGAUGAGGGUGUUAUCGCUGCUCGCAAGUCGGGGGAGAAUGCGGUAGAUGCGGGAAAUGGGAUGGACAAAAAGAGACAGAUGACUGGGAAGGCUUUGGUAGAGGAAUCAACGUGGGUGUUGGAGUAUAUUCUCGCUGGUGGCGAAUAA